AUGAGUUUCUCUGACUAUCUUUUCGCUCCGGGUGGUCUAACAACGACACCACACGUCCGGCAGGCGGCCGGAUCCUUCAGGAGGAUCGCCCAGGGCGCCGCCGUGACGGCUCAUGACUCAAGCCUUCAGGCCAGGGAAAGCUCGGGAGGGAGCUUCAAGAGUAUUUCCGACGACGACGACGCCACGGCCGCCCGUGAUGAUGACGACGGGGACUCCUGGAUGGCUCCCCGCCGGCACCUCGAUCUCGCUCCAGCAUCAGCCACGGCCAAACGGAAGGCGCGUGUCGAGACAGGAUCCAGAAACAGGGACAGCUCUGGCAAAGUGCGGGCGGCCACGGGAGAUGGCGGAUCGGCCCUCCGGGGUGGGAGCACCGAGUGGGAUAUCAGCGAAGACGACGGCGGUGACGAAGGUUAUUGUGAGAAGGGCAGUGACGGGCGCCACCGCCUUGAGGAAGUGACGCCCAGGAGCAAGGCCAAAGCCAAGCCGAGGGCAACGAAAGCAGGCGGUGCCGUAUCCGGGCCCGGAAGCAGUGUCGUUAGCGGCAGCAAGAACACCCCGUCUACCGCCGCCUCUAUCUCCAGGCGGCUGGGGCGCGCGCGAAGCAGUGGUACCAAUUUCGCCGGCGGAGGGUCAUCGAAGGCGUCGGCGACCGUCGAGGAGGUCGGCGCCGCUUCUGCCAAAGGGGAGCGCUACCGUCGCCUUUGGGGGGUAGACGAGGACCAGAAGCAGCAUGCGUCGUCUUCCAAGCAGGGCGAAGAGCUCGGGACUUCCACCCGUUCGGUCGUGGUUGCUUCGGCAGAAGGCCGCAGUGAUAGUGGCGGAGGAAGCGGGAGUUCCAACGGUAGUGGCCGCAUCGGCGGCGGUGUUGAUAGGAGCAAGGAGAAGGAGGGAGGAGGAGGAGGAGGAGNCGAGGAGGAGCAGGAGGAGGAGGACGAGGAGGAGCAGGAGGAGCAGGAGGCGAGAACCCCGAGAACAAACGGCGGCGGCCGCCUCCCCCUCUCUCCAACGCAUUUGACAGAAUCGAGCACCAACUCUCGGCAGCCCCCCCACGGCAAUGCCGGCGGUCGCAAGGGCUCCUCGCAUCAGACCAGGGUUCCUGCUGCAGCCACAGGUUCUAGAGGAGAGGAUAGCGCGGAGCAGAGCUCGGAGCAGAGGAAACUCAGGGCCCAUGUGCAGGUUGACGAGACCGCAGGCAGUGUUGGGAGUCUCAGCCAGCAAUCUCUCUGUGGGGACGAAGGCGACGGUGACAACGACAACGACGCCGAGUACGUCGAGGAGGACGAGGUGGGGAGAUGUGGUGUGGAGGGAGGUGCGGAGUGCGACAAGGACGGAAGCGAGGUACUCGACGAGGCAGACAGCCCAACAAGCGAUUGCUCGGACGAAGAACUUCGCGAGCGCAGCACCAGCGGCGGUGGUGCUGCCCCUACCGAAGGUAGGCAGGGAGCUGUUCCAGCGAAGACGGGUAGGCGAACCCGACAGCAGCAGCCGCCGCAGCAGCAGCAUCUUGGAGAUGAGGGCUAUGAGAACCAGGAGGAAGGAAGGGAGCAGGAGGGAAAGAGUGGUAGAGAUGGAGGUACGGGCAACGGCAACCGCGACGACGAUAACGACUACCAUCUCGAUGAGGACGACCUCGAGGAGGCCGAAGAGGGAGAAGAAGACGAGGAUGGUGGAGAAGAAGAUUCGUUGAUCCUAGGUAAGGAUGGCCGUGCUUUCGAGGCGCGGACCAAGCGGAUCAAGAAGCGGAAGACGGACAGCGCCGUGGAAGCCACUCGGGAGGAGUGCAGGGACUACGUCGAGAGGGAUGGGGGGUCUAACCGUUUUGACGACUGCUACAAAGCAAGGUCCACCCUCCCACGCUUGCAAGAGACGCAAAGCGCCCAAGACCUGCUCGAGCAGGGGCGGCAGGCGGAGGAGGACGUUGUGGCUGCGAGGGAAGCUGUCAGGGUCUUGACCCUCCAGCACGAGGAGCAGCGGCAGGCUGCCAGAGACAGGGUGGAGAAGCUCGCGUCGACGCUGAAGGGCUUAGAGUCGUACUUUGGGCCGGGUCCCGGAGCUAGCUCUACGACCAAGCUGGAGAACGCAUGGCUGGGCGAAGGAGUCGAGCUGCAGCAGAAGCUUCAGAACCACCGUGAGAGCGCGGUUGCCAGGUGA